AUGGCCAUCCCGGUGUUUUACAAGGUCAAGGAGCGGUUUCCCUCGCCCCAGCAGCUCGCAGACCCCAAUAACUCGGAAGAAAUAUUGGGCAUGAUUCGUCACCUAGGGCUAGCAAGGAACCGGCUCGCAACCAUACGCAAGUUCGCGGCAGCAUUUGUAAAUGCGCCGCCUACACGUGAGAAGUUAUACCAAGUCAAAAAAUACGAUAAACGAGAUGUCGGAACAAUAUCUACACAGUGUUCAUUCCAGCCGGGUCAACUUGACAGGGUUUCGGGCCAAUCUACUGCCUGUAACGACGGCCAAGUUGCUAUGGAUGCAUGGGAGAUAGGCCACAUAACCCAGGGGAAAUAUACCUUGGACAGCUGGAGGAUUUUCUGCAGAGAUGAGUUGCUUGGACGAGCCGAGGAUUGGAAAGGCGAAGGGAGAGGGCCCGACUUCCAGCCGGAGUGGACGAGAGUCAGACCUCACGAUAAAGAGCUCCGGGCGUAUUUGCGUUGGAUGUGGAUGCGGGCGGGUUGGGAAUGGGAUCCUGCGACUGGCGAACGCAAGGCUCUUGGGUGCGAGCUCCGAGAAGCUGUGAAUGAGGAAAGAGUUGGCUACGACGAUUCCGGAGGUUUGCAGAUACUGAAUCGUCCACGCCAAUGCUCUUGA